UGAGAGUAAGACGGAGGCUGGAAAUUCUAAUUCAAGUAGCGAACAAGUAAAAACAAAAAGUUUUUUACAAAGCCCGAGAAACCAACUACACCACGCUCGCUCCUGUGGCUGUGCUGCGAGUGAGCCAGUUAGUAGUUCUCCUAUCUUCAAAACAAGGACAUGAUUUGGUGGCUCUCCCUGGGGCGGCUCUGGCAGCAAUUGACAACCUCAACGCGAUGGUGCGAGGAUAUGGGGGUGUCAGGAUCGAAAUCGUCAAAGUUGAAAAAGUUUGUCAUGCAUAAAAUGCAACCCACGAAGUGCCUGUCUUGCAGAGUAGGCAAGUGAGACAGAUUGCAAGCUUGUUGAGGGUAGAAAUGGAGCUGCUAAAGUAGCAUGACAAAUGGCGUCUCCCUCACCCAAACAGCAUGACAAACUGGAUUUCGGUUCUACCCAGAUUUGUCAUGCGCCACUUGGAAACUGGGUUACAACUGGCAUCGAUUUUAUGCAUGACAAAUCAUUUCAACUGUGUAGAUUUCGAUCCUGACAGUUCCAUAGAGGAAAUCGAUUUUCUCCUUAUAAAGUUCCUUUUCUUGUUCUUCCUGGGAACUUGCUUGUACUUUGAGUACUUCAUCUCUGACGACCUUUGGAUCCUGUUGAAGAAAGCGUGGACGAAGAAGAAACACAUCAAGACGCUUGUUGUUCCCGUUUUCGAGUUUGCCCAGGAGGUUCAGGACUCUUUCCUCAUUGACCGCAGCGAGAGAAACAAGGUUCUCUUCCAAAUGUCGGCCAUGCUAAUCAUCCCCACCCUGUUCGGCCUGUACGAAGCCCGGCACCAAACGCGCAUUCGAUCGGAGGAGCCGCUGUUGCGCGGUGGCCGGCAACCGCCUUGGGCCGUGGUCAGGACCCGCUGGAGAAAGGAGCACAGUUUCGCGCAAGGCAGUGGGAACGGGGUGCGCUGGUGCAAGCCCCCACCCGAAGCAGUUGAUGAAAAUCUUAUCCUCGAUGCAAAAGUUGGUUGUAUUGAUUGCGCAGCUCGUAAGAGAAAUUUUUGCAAUGUAGCAUACGGAGGUUUUUUUCCUUCUUCAUGCCUGAAUUUGCAUGAAGAAAUAUUUAUUAAACAUAAAAGCGUUAUGCUUUCAUUUGAAAAAAAAAUGUGUACUCAUGCGAUAAUUCCGAUUUCUGCUACUUUCACAAGGUGGUGAAAUUUUUGCACUGCAUACCUCCCCCGCAAGACGGGAAAUCCUCUUCCUCCAGGUUGCCCAGGAAGAAGGUAAUAGGAGCCUCAUCGACGACCUUGGACGAUCCCUACCGACUCAUACCGCCCGCCACGUUCCAGAUGCAGAUGGAAAAAGAUAAGCAUGGUAUGCAUGGAGAUUUUUUGGCAAAACUGUCGUAGUCGUACCAGUAAACAUUUUUGUCACAAUAAGUUGUCAUGCUCAUGCAGAACAAGCAGAAAGGAGCGGCAACGCGCAUCUGGCAUGCUUUAUCCAUCCGCUUUCGUGUAUUGCAUACUUAUUUUACGAGAACGAGUUGUACGACGCUAUUGCAAUUUGCAUACACUGGCAGAUUCAGUGGUACGAUGGGGACGGAAGAAACUACACGAAACUGGUCCGGUCCAUUGAAGCCCAGGCAGCUGCCCUUCCGAAGUCCAACCAAACCCUGAUCCCGCAAAAAUUUCGGGCUUGGAGCUACCCCGAAGAUGGGAACGAACGGUGGGAGGCCAAAGAAGAAGCGGAAAAAGCAAAACUGGUAAAAAAGCAAAAAAUCGCCCAACAGCUCCGGAGAGUGGUCCUGCACGACGGCAACCAAAUGCCUUUGGUUGCGUUCGGCACCGUAUGAACUGCAAAAGUUUUGUACUUAGUAUAAAUUGCAUGACAGAUUUGCUCAGCAUUACAAAUGAAAUUUCUCAUGCUGAUUUCCCUUGAGAAAGAAAUUUGUCGUGCAUAAUUGCAAUUACUACGAGUGCGAUACUUUUGCAGAGCAUACACCGGUACGGGUACGACUACGGAAGCGCUCGCCAACGCCAUCCUCCUGGGGCACAUCCGGCACUACCAAAUGUAAAUAUGUCUGGGUCUGGAAAGAUGAAAGUUGUCAUGCUGGUCUUGCAUUCCUGUGAAAUCUGUAUUGCGUGACCAACAAAAGUGGUAGCCUCUCACGUCAUACAAAAACGCAGUUUCCAAUGCGGACUCCGGAUGGGAAAGCGUUCUGCAAACUUGUCAUGCUUUUCUGCAUAAGGAAGCGUUUUCCUCUUGCACAUUUUAGCGUCACAAAUUUCCAGACCCAGACAUAUUUGCAUUUGAUAGGGACCUGGAUUCCGCCAUUUGGUACGGGGAGGAUAUCCCGUGCAAAAGUAUCGUACUCGUAUUGCAGUCAUGCAUUACUCAAGGUAAAUUCGCAUUACAAAUUUUAUCUUUCAUGCUGAGUAAUGCAUGUAUACGAGUGCGAUACUUUUGCAAUGCAUAGAGGACUGGCUGGGAACCUUUUUGGAGUCCUUUUUCGCCCAGCACAAGCCGUACAUUGGGAGACAGGACCUGUUUAUCCCGAAUAAAAACGUGUCCGCACCAGAGUCAAGAUGGGAAAUCUGCUAGACAAAUCAACCAGCUUUGGUUGUUUGGCAUGGCAAGUUUGUCCUCAUAGUGUAUUCCUGUUUAGCUAGUUCAGAAGCGACGUCACAGAUCUAGCAUAGAAGGCUGAUCCUAGCAUCAAAAAUUAUUCCAAAACACGAACAGAGAACGCUGCUCAUCGGGCUCCGCAUGAGAAACUUUUUCGGCAUGCAGAAUUGCAUGACAGCUCUGGGGCGGGGAUGUUUUCACACGGGAUACUGUUUAUCACCACCAAAGUGGAGCCCAGUGACGACGACGUGCGGAUGCUGUUGGAAAGGGAGUUCCCGAAAAGCGGCGCGGAAACAACCAACCCGAAGCCGGGCGUGGCCUACGUGCGCAUGGAUCCUGUGACCUUGCAGCCGUUGCCGGAAAGCUACCGCAAAAAGGAGGAAAAAUCCUUGGACCAGGUGGACGAACGGGACGUCUGGAUGGCCGCGCAGAACAAGAAGGGGCAAGACAAGUUGAACUGGCUUAUUUACAGGAAGGUGCAGGAGUCGCGGUCCCAGUUAGGACUCAUUGCCGGCGGGAAGAUCAAGAAACAGAAAGGACUACCCGGCGCUCGUGGUCCUGCCGCGGUGCAGGUGCAUGAUCGCAAAGACCAAACUGGUGAACGCCCGGCAACAUCCAGUACGAGCGUUGAACAACAACCACAUAACUACGAGGAUUUCGACGAAACUGCUGAACAAGACGAAGACGCUACCAAACUCGACAUGCUUCUCGCACACAGCAUGCCGGCUCAGGAGCGGCACUGGGUUCCGUUUUGGAAGGCGCUGAUGUUCGUGAAACGGGAAGGGCUCGUGAAAUCCAUCGGCGUAAGCAACUGGAGCGUAAAAGCGCUGGACCGUCUGAAACAGUUCAACUUGGAGCUACCUACCGUUAUCUUCUGUAAAAGAAUAUCGUAGUAACAGAGCAAGUUGUAGUAAAAUCAACAAAAUGCAUCAACACACUUCUGCUUCUGCAUGAAGACCAAGACGAAUCUUGCAUCUACAGUUACAUCAGCACUGCAGAUUCGAUUUAUUUUGUUUUUCCCUUGACAUAAAAGUCUUGUCAUGCGCAUGCGAUUUGUGCUGCUGCGAUACGUUUGCAAUGUUGCAUAAGCGUGAAUCAGUUUCAAUUUCACCCGUUUUUCAAGGGCAUGAUGGGCGACCCGAAAAUAUUCGACAUCGAGGAGACGGUGGACGCAGAAACGGGAAAGAUCGUGAAAAAGGAACAACAAAAAGCCAAGGAUAUCGUGCACUACUGCAACGAGCAUCAGAUCGUGAUCACGGCGUAUUCGCCGCUGCAGCCACUGCAAGUGGUGAGGAGCAAAUGGCUGGAGCAGCAAUUCGCCAGAGUGACGGACUGUGACAAGGCGGGAAAACUGAUGAAGAAGAAAAGAACGGCGCGGGCGGAGAAACAGGCAGGAAACCAGGCAAAAAAGGGCAAGGUGGCGCGGAAGCUAGUUACCGCAGCGGAGCAACGGCUCGGACGGACGCUGGAUAGGACAGUGCACAACUCCCCCUCUCCCUCAUUUGUCAGUCAAAAUACCUCAUUUACGCCUUGGCUCUUGGCACUUUUUGCAUGACAAGUUGUGGCAGCCCAAAUACUAGCACUACACUCCUGUCCAAUAAACUUGUCAUGCAAAACCUCUAUUUUUCUUGCUGACUCUGAGUCUGACACUUGCAUUGCUGUACAUGUAAUACAAGUGAGGAGGAGGGGGGGUUGUGCACUCUCAUACUGGAGGUGGCAGAUUUAGAAAAAGAUGACGUGUACGAAAGUAUCAAGGAUACGCCGGAAUUUGAAGAAAACUACCUGCAGCUGAUACUAUCCUGAGUAAAAACGUACCCACACCAGAGUUGUAAUGCAGAUUUGCAAAGACAGGAAGACUUGUAAUGCGCAUCCCCAUGAGAGCCGUUUCCAAUUGUGUUUUGGAAUUUGUGAUGCUGUGAACAGGAUGAGCAGAUGAAUCCGCGAUGCGGCCGCACUUGCUAACCUGCACUGCACUGCAUAGCGCAACUUGUCAUGCGUGACUCACAAAACUCCUACCUAGGUUUGUGUUGCAAAAUCCCCAUCCUGACGCUGGUGUGGGUACGUUUUUACUCAGGAUAGAUACUGUCGCUGAAAUAUGCACUGCAAAAGCAUCUUUCUUCGCACAGCUCGUGUCGUUAUAUAAAUCAAUUGCAUUGCAUCAGAAUCAGAUUUAGAUUUUGCCGUUGGCGCGAUAAAACCAGCGGAAUUUUUGAACAUGCUGACUAAAUAGCCUAAGAAAAGGAGAUCAUGCUGCAACAGUCCAUUUAAGUAGUACGAGUCAUCGCGAUUGCGAUACAAGAACUUUUGCACCGGAUAGGACAAGCCGCUACACGAUUAUGCAGGAUUGGCAGAGAAAGGAGUUUAUCGAAAAGGAUUACGGCGUAUGGAACGUAAAUUUACAACCGCACAUGAGAAAAAUCACGUCACAGUUACAGUUUCGACAGGGGAUGCAUGACAAAUUUCAUUUUACGCUAAGCUAUUAGCCGUGGUGGUCUCGCAGUUUGAAGAUCCAGAUCUUCUCAUGCUGCACUUUGUUUAUUUGUGUAACUGUAAGCCGCCACGGUGAUGCGUCGUUGCGAUCGAACUGUAGCUGUACAUAGUCUACUUCGUCGUGUGCGGUAGGUCUACUCAUGGAUUCUCUAUGUGCCGUCUGAAGGAGUUUUGGGAGGCAUAUGUUGUGCAAAAGUAUCGUACCCGUAUAAAUGCAGGUCUUGCAACAUUACAAGUCUUUUUUAUUAAGGCAAAUCCGCAUGACCACAAAUUGAAAUUCCAUUUCUCAUGCCAAGGAAAUUUGUAUUGCAAUCUGUACUAGUACGAUAUUUUUGCACAGGAUGAGGCGACUCGGCAAGCAAUGAAGGAAGUGAACGCGCUGGAGUUGUACAUGUGGCACUUGGAACCGGGAGGAGCUGCUCCUGCAAGAUCGUCACAUGCAUCAAACAGCACGGUUUCUGGGGCUGCCUCCUCCUCGAAUGUUGCUAAGAAUGCAACCUCUGUGACAACAACAUCUUCAAAGACGAGGAACAAAACAGCCAGCCUGCCCCGAGGCAUCAUCACCAGCACGAAGAACCCCAAACGGGCACAGCUCUUGAACGCGGUUAGCUUGGAUAACGAAGAGGCGCGCGCGGCCAUCGCGGAAUCGACGCGGAGAAGGAAGUCGCGAAAUAAAAAGGGGAAGAAGAUGAACAAGGACAACGGCGGAAAUGAAAAAUUCAUCCGGGACGACAUCACCAUCUGGGACCCGAAUCUUUUGCAGUGGUCAGAAGAAUUUAUGAUCUUCAUGGACGCGCGAACCUUCUUCGACCCAAGCACGGGGCUACCGAAGGACAAGUAAAGGAAUCGGUCGAGGAGGAGACAUUCGAUCGAAGCUAAUUCGGCAUGAAGAUCAUGAUCUUCAACCGGGUGAAUAACUAAAAAAUUUUGGGAAAAGUCGUUGCAUAGCGACUUAAAAAAAUGAACAAAAGAAGAACAAAACCUAUUCCUCGAUGUUGAUGUAGGUGGUAGGGAUACUUUCUUUUUCAACGUCAAUAUGCCGUCUCACUUUUCUUUCCGUUGGAGUUGUUUUCGGAUCCCAUGCCGCAUGUUCUUGUUUUGCGACGACAAGUAGAAGCUUUUUUUUAUUCUGGAGGUUCCCCAUGUCUUCAUUAAUAUGUCGCUUUCAUCCACCUCGGAGCAGUCGCAGUG